GCAGUUGUCACUCAUAUUUUUGUGCGUAAUUUGCGGAGAGUCGGUAAGAAUAAAAUAAAUAAUAAAAAUAGUCUAAAAGAAUAAUUAGUCACAUCACUACCGGACUUGGUCGUCGUCAAGUGUGAACGAGUGAGUGCGAGUCAACAGACGGAAAGAAUCCCGAAGCCAAUCUUAGAAUCCGCGAACCACGGCGACAACAACGACGACGACAGCCAGCGAGUGGAGCAGCCGCACGCCACGUCCAUCGACCAGUGUAAUUGUCACCAAUCCCAGUGCAACUCAUUCCUUCAGCGUCACCAUGGCCACCGACGGCAGUGAGCUGCCCGGCAUCUCCAUACGCCACACAACCACUUCGAAUGUCGGCUCCCAAACGGUGGCCACCAAUCUCAGUAUGCGUCGUCCCGCAAACGAGGUCAUCGAGAUUGAUGACGGCGAUGCGGCCGCCAACGCCGAGGUGGCCGCCAUCAACGAUGGCAGCACCACCACAGGACGACGGCAAACAGGCGCCAGUCUACCCAUCAGUGCCCACAUAGAGCUCCAGAGCAGCGACUGCAGCAACAGCAGCGACGACGACGACGAGUGUGUCUUCGUACUGGAACGGAAGCCAUCGCAUUUGCGUAUGCCGGAGGAGCUAGUUAGUCUCGAAUCGAAUAGCGACUCCGAUGUUGACUUUGUAGAUGAGCAGAAGGCGAGUCCGGUGGCCAAGGCCAACGAUGGGGAAGGUGAUGGCGACACUGUCAGCAUUGAUCAGGAAAUGGAGACAUCAGUCAAUGAGCUCUUCAUGGGUCCCAGCACCAGCACGGGCGUCUGCUCGACAGCGGGCAAGAACUGGAUGCUUGUGCUGGAUGAGGCGCGUCUUCACGAUCCAAUGUGCCUACGUAUGCGCUUCAAACGCAAUCUAACACGCGCCCAGCAACGUGCUGCGCCAAAAGCGCCCAGCAGCAACAGCGAAGGCACCCGUUGGAGCACCUCCUCCAACAGCAUCAGAGUUUGCGAACAAAUCACGGCAGAGUCGUUGUUGCUGGGAGAGGCGCCGCCUUCCAUUAUGGAGGACAUGGCGUCCUCCGUCAUUGUGGAACCACCCGCUGUCUCAGAUACUGUUGGAGGUGGCACCUUGCCAGCGUUAGCCGCUCACUUUGCUGAUCUCACAGAGAGCGGCAGCGAAAGCGGCGACGAGCCCAGCGUAGAUGCCCGCGACCAGCAAGAGCAGGAGACGGGAGGCAGCUCCGAUGCCGUCGGCGGAAACAACGCAACAGCGGGACGCUCUUCGCCGCCACCCAAUUGUGCCAUCUGUCUGUCGCGCUGCAGGCGCAAAUGCUUCACUGACUCCUGCAUGCAUCAGUUCUGUUUCAAAUGUCUUUGCGAGUGGAGCAAGAUUAAACCGGAGUGUCCACUCUGCAAGCAGCCCUUCAAAACCAUCAUACACAAUGUGCGCACACUGGAUGAUUAUGAUCGAUAUCCGGUCCAGCCAAGUUCGCCGGAAUCUAGCCUCAGUUUUCACAUUGUCAACAUACGGCGUGAGCGUCUAUUGCUGCAUAUCCAGGCAGUGAUGACCAACGGCGGAGACAAUGGGGAUGACAUCGAUACGGCGGCCACCGACGAGUCUCAGGAUGGCAUCGCCUCCCAUGGCCAGCAGCAUCAGGCGGGAUCGCGCGGCCUCUAUGUGCCGCACAAUCGCUUCGAGCCGUAUCGUAUGGAGCUCUUGAAUUUCUAUCGGCACGACCAAGAUGCACGUGGCGGGGGAUCACUAAGCAUGCUGUGGCGUCGCUAUGUUUACGACCGCAAACUCUACGCGCUACCGGUGAGUGACAACUUGACAGGCAACUUCCGGGAAUGGAGCGCCCGCUUCUACAGGGAUAAUCCCGCACAAAUGCAUCGACUGAUGCCCUGGAUCAAUCGGGACAUCGUGUGUCUGUUGCGCACCUCGCCACAGAAUGUCACCCAGGUUAUGCACAUGAUGCACGACAUUCUGCCCAUGAUCAACAUUACUACCCGCACAUUCCGUCGCCGUCUGUCGCCGUUUCUGGGCGAGCGUACCAAUCACUUUAUCCAUGAACUGUUCAACUUUGCCCGCUCACCUUACGAUAUGAUUGGCUACGAUCGUGUGGUGCAAUAUUCUGCGCUGGUGGCCGAGGAAGUGGAGGUGGAUUUGCAGGAUCUGGUGUCUACUAACGAGGGCAGUAGCUCAACGCUGGAGCCAACGGCCAAUGUCGGCUCCCAAACGGUGGCCAUCAAUCUCAGUAUGCGUCGUCCCGCCAACGAGGUCAUCGAGAUUGAUGACGGCGAUGCGGCCGCCAACGCCGAGGUGGCCGCCAACGCCGAGGUGGCCGCCAUCAACGAUGGCAGCAGCACCACAGGACGACGGCAAGCAGACGCCAGUCUACCCAUCAGUGCCCACAUAGAGCUCCAGAGCAGCGACUGCAGCAACAGCAGCGACGACGAUGACGAGUGUGUCUUCGUACUGGAACAGAAGCCACCGCAUUUGCGUACGCCGGAGCUAAUUAGUCUCGACUCGAAUAGCGACUCCGAUGUGGACUUUGUAGAUGAGCAGAAGGCGAGUCCGGUGCCCAAGGCCAACGAUGGGGAAGGUGAUGGCGACAGUGUCAGCAUUGAUCAGGAAAUGGAGACAGCAGUCAAUGAGCUCUUCAUGGGUCCCAGCACCAGCACGGGCGUCUGCUCGACAGCGGGCAAGAACUGGAUGCUUGUGCUGGAUGAGGCGCGUCUUCACGAUCCAAUGUGCCUACGUAUGCGCUUCAAACGCAAUCUAACACGCGCCCAGCAACGUGCUGCGCCAAAAGCGCCCAGCAGCAACAGCGAAGGCACCCGUUGGAGCACCUCCUCCGACAGCAGCAGCAGCAGUGAGGAUUCCACGGCAGCUGCGAAGCGGCGGAAAAGGCGAGCAGCUCGUAAGCCCAAGGCCAAGGCACAGAAGCGUCCAGCAAACAGUAAACGUUCCGCACAGCAGCUUAAGAGCAAGCGUCGAAGAAAGCAAGUGUCGGAGGUCGAAGAAGAGGCAGAAGCAGCGGCGGAGGAGGAAGAAGAAAAGGCAACUAAAGCAAGCAGCAGCAAUAGUAGCAGCAGCAGCAGCUCGAGUAGUGACGACAGCAGCGAGGAUGGAGCUGCUGGCGACAGCACAGAGCCAACAGGUAACAACUACAACAAUGAGAACAGCAGCAGCAGCAGCUCCAGUGAUGACGAUCUAGACUUUAAUACGUUGCGUAAAAAAUUGAAAGCAAAGUACUUUGCCAAAGGCAACGAGGAUACAAAGCCGCCAAAACUGGAACUGGUUGCAGACACUGCCGGCGAGGAGACUUUGGAGCAGCAGGCACCGAAAGAAGAAGUGACGGCGAGCAGUGCCCAGCACGCAGUGGUAAAGCGAAGGCGAAGCAACAGCAGCAGCAAUCAGUCGUCCAGUCACAGUCACAGCAACAGUGCUAUCAGCACUUUGGCCAGCCACAACACGACCAUGUCCAGCAGUUCAGUGCUAAGCCUCUUUAACAACAACAUACACAGAGAUGUUGGUGAAGCGACGUCAUCGGAAAGACCACUCUCAAUGGUUGCCACAGCAAAUUCGCUGCUUGAGCUGUCCACAUUGAGUGUGGGUGGAGCUGGCAGCGGAUUGUUCAAUGAGCAAUCUCUGGGCGUUGAGGAUGCAAUGCGGUAUUUGCAGAACGCGCUGCCCAGUGCCAGUGAUGAUGCACAGCUGGGCAUCUAUUCGGACGCCAGCAACGAGUUGCAGCAUUAUCGAGCAGAUGCAGAGCCAGAGUUGGCUAUCGAUGUUGUUGGCGAAGCAACCAGCAAUGCAGCCGCUGAGUCAGCUGAUGUCAUCUUGGGAAACGAUAUUGAGCCUGAGAAUGAGAAUGAAGAGAUUGACAAUGAGCGCGAAGAGAUUGAGCUGGCGAAUCAGCCGGAUGAACCGGAUGAAGAAGAGCAUGAUGAACAAGACCAGGAGGAGGAAAAUGAUGAGGACUACCAGGAUGAGGACGAGGCUGCUGCAGCUGCCACAGCUGAAUCGGAUCAAACAGACUCAGACCCAGAUCCGGAUGCCUAUUAAAGACGCGCCAUGUUGCUGCUUUGCUCGCAUCAGACAAGAACAGUUUUUACACACAAAUUUUAUUUCAUUUUUUAUAGAUGUUUUACUAUUUGUAUACUAUAUCGUCUUAUCGUUAGACUCUUCCGCACGGAGAGACAAAUGAUUGAUGUAGCAUAUGAAUCGAUCUUCUUGUUGACUACUAAAACAUUUUAAUUAUUUAGCUUGUCGGUAUUUAUCUUAAUCAAUUGUAUUUUUACUACGCGCAGACCUAAGCUUAACCCCAUAAGUUGUACAUACACUUAGAGAUUUACUUAAGUAUUCAUAAACACAUACACGAUAUCUAUACAGAUAGCAGAGAGAACACUACAAUUUACAAUUACGAGUAGUUUACGCAUCACUUGUAAUACAUGCUAUUAUUCGUAUUAUUGCCCAUACCGACCCACCCUGAAGACCCAAAAAAAAAAAGUUAAGGAAAAGAACCCCAGAAAAGUGAUAUGCUCGCAUUCGGAAUGGAAAUUCAGUUGUAAAUUUAUGCUAUACUAAUUUAUGAUUAAAAUUUUAUAAAUAAUAUUUAGAAUAUAACUACAGAUUUACAUAAUUCUAUAUGUAUAUGAUGUAAUUUACUGUAAGAUUAGUUUAAACAAACGACAAACUACUUUUAACAAAAUCCCAGAUUCAGAUCGCAUACGUCUGCCGAAUGCUGAGCAUAUCCAAAGAGCAUCCCUACUUUGUUUGAAUUUUUUUGCAAAACAAAUUUUAGCCCGUUAAACUUUAGUUAAGAUAUAUCCCCCGAAAAUACAAAUGCAAUAAAUGUAAAGAUAUCAAGUAAGAUAAUGCGUGUGCGAGCUCUUUUGAUCUAUUAUAACAAAUUUGUAUAUACAUAAAUAUCUAUUCAAGUAUGCGAUAUCUACAUACAAAACUUAUAUUGAAUUCACUUCGAUCGAUAAGAGAACAUAUUUUUAGAAUUGAGAAACAUUUUGCUUCCUUUUCUAUACUUAAUGUUCCCAAAUCAAUAAAGAGAAUUAAAACUGU